AUGCAGGACUCCUCCGCCACAAGAAAGAGACGCAGCAGGAAAGUUGUGGAUGACAGUGAUGAUGAAGAUGAUUUAGCACCUGUCAAAGCGCCCGCUACUAAAGUGAAGCCCAAGAGUCAACCAAAGCCCGAAGAGCCGAAAGAAGAACCUACAACUUCCUCGGACUAUUUUGCCUCCAGCAAGAAGAAGACCCGACCUGCCAAAACGACCGAGAAAGCUCAGCCCGAUAAAGCCAAUACUGUUGCCGAAAGUCCAAACCCCAAGGCUGCCGAAGAGCCUGCGAACAAGGGACGAAACCCUGCUCGAGGAUCAACAAAGCAAGCCGCAAAGGUCGUCGAGGACGAGAAUCUCGGCGCCGAUGACAUUUUUGCAACCGAAUACGGAAAAGCCGGCAAAGGAGAAGACGCUUAUGUUGCUGGGGACGAUAGCGACGAGGACGAUGACUUCGAAAUGCUUGAGGUGAGGCCAGCCGCUGCUGCUGCGAAGAGGACACAGAAGAAACAAUCUUCCCGCGAUGACGACGAUGAUGUGGUCAUGAAAGAUCUCCCCAAGAUUCCUGCCCCGAAGGCUCGACCUGGCCGCAAACGCAAGUCCGAGGCUCUCAUCGACGAGGACGAAAAUGAUGACUACCAAGAACCCAAAAAGGAAACAAAAAAGGCAGCCCCGAAGGCCACGGCCGCGACAUCACCAACAGCGAAGAAACAAAAGGCUGCCCCUAAAAAGGCUAAAGAGGACAAACCAGAGAGCAAAGAGCUCCAAGAUAUCUUCGACAGCAUUCCUACGAUUGAAGCUCCAGAGCCUCCUCAGGGAGAGCCAAAGAAAUUUAAGUUUGGGGCACAACAAAGCCGAGACCCGGUAAUGUCUGGGACCAAGGAGAUGCCCGUUGGGGAAGAAAACUGCCUUGCUGGUUUGUCUUUUGUUUUCACCGGUGUUCUGGAAUCCCUCGGCCGCGAGGAGGGUGCGCAAUUGGUGAAGAAGUAUGGUGGCAAAGUCGUCGGAGCCCCUAGUUCUAAGACGAGCUAUGUGGUCCUCGGAGGUGAUGCCGGCCCAAAGAAGCUUGAGACCAUUGCCAAGCACAAGAUCAAGACCAUCAACGAGGACGGUCUCUUCGAACUGAUCCGACGACUGCCUGCCAACGGCGGUGAUGGAAAAGCUGCUGAAAAGUACGCCGAGAAACAGAAAGCCGACGAGGCCAAGGUCCGUGCCAUGGCGGCCGAAAUCGAUGCUGAAGAGAAGAAACGAGAAGCGGAAAAACGAAAGACGGCCACGACUACUCAAGGAUCCAAGACCGCCAACGCGUCUCAGACUCCGCCAAGCUCACAGGUCAUAUCAUCCAGCGAUCUCUGGACUACGAAGUAUGCACCAACAUCGACCAGUAUGAUCUGUGGUAAUAAGGGUGCCGUGGAAAAGGUUCAAACCUGGCUGCGGAACUGGCAUGCUAAUGCCCAGGCCGAUUUUAAAAAGGGUGGUAAAGAUGGCUCAGGGAUCUAUCGUGCCGUCAUCAUUCACGGCCCCCCGGGAAUUGGCAAAACUACAGCAGCCCAUCUCGUGGCAAAGCUGGAAGGAUACGAUAUCGUGGAGACCAACGCCAGUGACACCAGAAGUAAGAAACUUGUAGAGAGUUCUACCCUGGGUGUGCUUGACACAACAUCAUUGCAAGGAUACUUUGCUGGACAAGGCAAGCAGGUGGAGAGUGGAAAGAAGAAGCUCGUACUCAUCAUGGACGAGGUUGAUGGUAUGUCUGCUGGUGAUCGUGGAGGCGUGGGAGCUGUCGCAGCCAUUGUCAAAAAGAGCAAGAUCCCAAUCAUCCUUAUCUGCAAUGAGCGCAAGCUUCCCAAGAUGAAACCUUUCGACUUCAUAACCUAUGACGUGCCAUUCAGACGCCCGACGGCGGAGCAAAUUCGGGCAAGACUGUCCACUAUCUGUUUCCGAGAAGGCCUCAAGAUUCCGCCUCCUGUACUUGAUGGUCUCAUUGAAGGAACCCAUGCCGAUAUUCGCCAGGUCAUCAACAUGCUCUCCACCGCAAGGCUGGAUCAAAAGGGUCUCAACUAUGAAGAAGGCAAGCAGAUGUCAAAGUCGUGGGAGAAGCAUCUUAUCCUCAAGCCAUGGGAUAUUGUCAGCAAAAUUCUCAGCGCCCAGAUGUUUUCCCCAAGUUCCACUGCUACCCUGAACGAUAAGGUUGAGCUUUAUUUCAACGACCACGAGUUCAGCUACCUGAUGCUCCAGGAGAACUACCUCAGGACUAAACCUGCUCUUGCCGGCAAGUAUCAAGGCAAGGAACAGCGACUAAAGUCACUUGAGUUGCUGGACAAUGCCGCCUCGAGUAUCAGCGAUGGUGAUCUCGUCGACCGCAUGAUCCACGGCACCCAGCAGCAGUGGAGUCUUAUGCCCACUCAUGCGAUUUUCAGUUUUGUGCGGCCAGCCAGCUUCCAGUACGGAAACAUGCAAGAGCGGCCUGCAUUUACUAGCUGGCUGGGCAACAACAGCAAACAUGGCAAACUAUCCCGAUACGUCAAGGAAUUACAGGGCCACAUGCGUCUUCGUACUACAGGUAACCGCGACGAGAUCCGUCAGCAGUACAUGCCUUUGCUCCAGGAGAAGAUAAUACGCCGAAUGAUGGACGAAGGCAAAGACUGUGUGGACUCGGUCAUUGAUCUCAUGGAUUCAUACUAUCUCACCCGUGAGGACUUCGAUUCCAUGGUUGAAUUAGGACUCGGCCCAAUGGACGAGUCUAAGAUCAAACUUGAGACACAGACCAAAGCCACCUUCACACGUCUGUACAAUUCGCGCUCGCAUCCCAUGCCAUUCAUGAAGGCCAGCAAUGUCAUUGCACCUAAGGGAAAGAAGGAGAUUCCUGAUAUUGAGGAUGCCAUUGAAGCAUCGGACGGAGAGGAAGUUGUGGAGGAUGUCAAGAAUGAGGACGAGGAAGUACUUGAUCUGAAGAAGGACAAGUAUGUAAGCUUGCCUAAGAAAAAGAAGGCGCCGGCCAAGAGUAAGAAGACGAAGAAGGCCGAUGAUGAUGGUGAUGAUGAGGAAAAGCCGAAGAAGGCUCGUAAGAGUAGAGCCAAGGCCAAGGCUUGA